UGUAGUUUCAGCAGCGGUGAUUAUGGUACCACGAAUAUACCCAAUGAGACUAUCAGGCUUGAUCUCUUCAAUACCAUUAUAUUCAGGAAAGGCUAUCGGAAUUCUUCGUUUACAAAGUAAUAUUGCCCCCGAUGGUAGCAGUUACAAAUAUGCAUAUGAUACGGAAAAUGGAAUAUGUGUUCAAGAAUCUGAUAGCUUAGUAGCUGCUGGUCCUGAAUCAGCUCUUUCUGCAAGAGGAUCCUAUCAAUACACCUCUCCGGAAGGUGUUCUAGUUUAAAUUUCAUACACAGCCAAUGAAAAUGGAUUUAUACCUUCUGGAAAUGUGUUGCUUACCACUUCACUAACGCAGC